UGAAGUGUGUAAGUCUAAGAUAUGUUGCUCUGGUUGUUUCUCUUAUCAUUGGUACUUCGUGUAUCAGGUCAACCGUUUUUUGGUUCACUACCUCCUCGUCCAACUACUGGUGUUAGAUUGUUUCUUGGUGAGGAGAAUGUGACUAUUGCUAAUUUCUCAAUGAUAGCUGCUGGUCUGUUUCAUGAUACUGAUAUAGAUGAGCCUGGUAAUGCUGUUAGUGUUGGUGGUAGUCCUGAUGGUCAGAAUGAUGGUUUGUGGUGUCAGAGUUCUCUUUAUCAGAAUAUGAUAGGAACAUGGUAUUAUCCUGAUGGAACAACUGUACCAUUGGGUUCUGGUAGUCCUCUGUUUGCUAACAACACUGCUACUGGUCAAAUUGGUUUGUUAAGAAAUGGAGGGAUAGGAGGUAUUCAAGGACUAUACAGUUGUGUUAUACCAAAUGAAGAAGGAAUCAAUCAGACACUGUAUGUUGCUGCUUAUGGUAAUACUGAUUUUUAUGAUACUGGUAAAACUCCCAAUGAUUGA